ACGUUAUUCCUUAGUAAGGCCUCAUGCCAGCUCAUGGGUUACGUCCCUAUAAAAGUGCUGUCGCUGGAUUGAUGGACCAUUCAUUUAUUCCCGGAAGACGAUGCUAGCAGGAAGCUUACUCAUCAGCACGGUCCUCUUCCUGGAGAAAUUCACGUAUUUUACUCUCUUGGACGAUAGCCCGCUCGGGCGGCAGGGGGAUGUGAGCUACGAGGUUUCGCCUGGAUGGAAAGGGCAAAGCACCUCUUCUCUUUCUCCUCCGUCCGUCUCCACCAUCACCACCCCCACGCCAGUGAACUACUUCGAGUACGUGGAGCAAGGAAAUGAAGCGAUCGAUGCAUUCAUGGAGAACUUAGCACGAGACGACUGGAUUUUGGUCGAGUCGGACGAAGAGAGGAAAAUCUGGGUGAAACGACGCUACGAUCGCAACCGGGAUCGCACCAUAUAUCUCUCGGAGGCCGUCUUGGACAUAGGUCACAAAGAGUUCUUCGGUAUUUGGCGUGGCUUCGACGAAAACGUCCCUUCGUGGAACCCCUCCGUCAGGAAGUACGUCAACGUCGCAGACGUGAACGACCGCUGUAAGAUACAAUAUCAGGUGAGUGCACCCCAGGGAGGAGGGUUCAUCACAUCUCGCGACUUCCUCAGCGUUUCUUGCUACCGCCUCGUCAACGGAACUUACUAUGCCGGAUAUGUAAGCACCACCUGGCCCGGAUACGAACCGACGAACGAUUACGUCAGGGCGAAGGAGUACCCGAGCGGUUUCGCAUUUUCGGAGGCACCGGGAGAACCGGGGAAAUGUUUCAUGCAGUGGCUUACAGACGUGGAUAUGUCCUUCCCAGCAGUGGUUCCCAAGAGCAUCUUGAACACCAUCAUCCCGUUGUCCUUGGAGGAAUAUAUUGGGCACUACCAAGAAUAUGUAAAAAGCCUACGAUUGGCCUCGGGCAAAACUUCCAACGGAGACCAAGCAUCCUGAAGGAAUAUACAUACAUGAAUAUAUCCCAUGGCAGUUAUGUAACUCAUUGAAAGCCAGACAUUAAAUUCUGAAAUUCCUUUCAGACCGCUUGAAAGAGAAAUACGUGCAUUCGAUUUCAGUUCGAUUGGGACCUCCAAAAGCAAGGGGU